AUGAAGUUUUUAUUCGUUUUGUUUCUAAAAUUUGUAUUUAUUUCCGCGCAGCUUGACUUGAAUUCUAUAAAAAAGCAACAAACAUAUCCUGCAACUGCUCCUACAACUGUUUCCACAUCCGCUCCCUCAACAGUUGGACCUUGUAAUGUUGGAUGCCAAGAUGGCUGGGUGCCGUAUGGUGGGAGUUGUUAUAAAAAAAUGUUGGAUGUCCUCACUCAAUCAACAGCUGAGCAGGAAUGCAUAACUCUCGGAGCCCACCUUGCCUCAUUUGAAACCAAUGAUGAAGCAACUGCUAUCAAAAAUCUAGUCCUGUCAGCCCCUCUUUUCUCCACUGAUCUUCUCUCCUAUUCCUCUAGCAGUCAGGAAUCAUGGAUAGGAUUGUUGAAGACAAGUAAUGGAGCAUGGAAAUGGACUGAUGCAUCUGAAGUAGAGUUCACAAACCUGCCUACUGGAACAUCGGUUACUGGGGCUUCGUGUGUUUCGAUGAAUACAAGUGGAGUUUGGAAACCAAAUGAUUGUAGUUCAACAGUCACUUCAUUUAUUUGUAAGCGAUCAUCGUCUAAAUAG